UUAACCUCUACUACAAAUUUAAAUCAAUGUGUUUUGAAAGUGUGAGGUAAACGGUGUCCAACGUAUUUCAAAAUUUUAAAUUUAUUUAUUUGUCUUUAACUGAAAAUUUCUGGAAAAAUGUCAGCCCGAAAAAAGAAUAAAAAUAAAAUGAUAGGCAAAAGACAUCGUCAUGUAUUAGGAAAGGAAGAGAAAUAUCGUCAAGAAAGAGAUAAAUCUGACAAGGAAGAAUCAGAAUCGGAAGAAGAAUGGUCAGUACCCUUUCCCGUUGCUAUGUGGGAUUUAGAACAAUGCGAUCCCAAGAAAUGUACCGGUAGAAAAUUAUCUAGACAUGGAUUAAUAAAAACGUUAAGGUUAAAUACACGUUUUUCAGGUUUAGUACUCUCUCCGUCAGGCACAAAAUGCGUCAAUCCAAUGGAUCGCAAUAUUGUAAAAGAUUUUGGUUGUGCCGUUGUGGAUUGCAGUUGGGCUCGCAUAGAUACCACACCAAUUGGACAACUAAAGGCGCCAAAUCCUCGCCUUUUACCUUUCCUCGUUGCAGCUAAUCCAAUUAAUUAUGGGAAGGCGUGUCAAUUAAGUUGUGUAGAAGCGAUAGCUGCAACAUUGAUCAUAACAGGAUUUCCAGAUGUAGCUAAUUGUUAUUUAGAUAAGUUUUCCUGGGGCCAUUCUUUUCUUGAAUUGAAUAAGGAAUUGUUAGAAAGAUAUGCUACUUGUAAGGAUGCUAAGGAAAUUAUAGCUGUUCAAGAUGAUUUCAUUGAAAAAGCUAGACAAGAGAGAUUAGAUAGACAAGCACUACCUGAUUUUCCACCAACCGAUACAGAAUCCGAAGAGGAAGAGAAGGAGCAAAAAGAUGACGAUGUUAGUGAAAUUAACAAAAAACUACAAGAUGUAAAAACGUGAAUUUCAUUUAUGAAAAAACAUUUCUAUGUGGGAUAAAAUAGGCAUGACUGAUAUAUUUUACGAUAGUAGUUAACACUAUUUUAAUUUAUUUCUGAACAACCUUUAUUUAUUUUUAUUUAAUUUUGUUAUACAUAUGCGUCAUAUAAGAAGUAUAAGUUUUUUACUUGUGAAAGUCACAGUAGGAAAUAAUCCUAUAUAAUAUUGCAAUCUAUUGAGUUGAUACAUCAUAAUUUAACAAUUAUCAUAAAUAUUUUAUAGAAUCUUAUAAAUCAUAUUCAACCAAAAUUAUUCCUGAAUCUUUAUAAUGUGUAACUUGACUUUGUUUCUAAUUUUCUGAAUUUAUAUAAAUAAAGAUAAUAUUGGUAUUUUUAAACUGAAAAUUAAA